GCGCUGCUGGGCCGCUCGCCGCGGAAGGGCGGACGCGAAGGCGAGGCCAGGCGCGGCCGAGCGCAGGCUGAGCUGGGCUGGGCUGGACAGGCAGCGCUCCGGGCGGCCAUGGGGGCCCGGAGCACCGCGCCUUCUCGCGGCGCCCCCGCCCCGCCGGGGCCGCGGCGCCCCCCCGCCGGACUCCGGUGAGGGGCCGAGCAGCGCCGCCCGGUCCUCCGCCUCGCUUCCUGCUCCGUCCGCCGGCGCGCCGGGACCCAGGCGGGGCCUCCGCCUCCGGCGUGACCCCACGUGCGCGGCCUGACCGGCGCCGCCACGCCUGUCGGCGGGGCCCCGCCGGCCGGGCGGACAAAACGAGCGGGCGGCGGGGCGGACGCAGCUCCCUCGGUCUGGCGCGAGCUGCGGGAGGCUGGGACCGGCCCUCCCGGGCAGCUUCUGCGGGGCCGUAGGAGAGGAGGGCCGGCGCCGGGAAGUCGCGGGCGCCCCUUCUCGCCUCUAACGGCCCUUUCCCGCUGUUGCAGCCCGACCUGCCCACUCCUGCUGGCGCGCUGAGCGCCGCCGCCGCCGCCGGGCCGGCGAGGGCCCGCAAGAUGAGCGCCCCGGAGAAAGCGUUCCCGCUGGACCUCGGGGAGGGCUUCACCGAGGACGCCCCCAGGCCCCCGGUCCCCGGGGAGGAGGGCGAACUCGUCUCCGCGGACCCGCGGACCGCCGGCCACGGCUUUUCUGCCGGGAAGGGCGAGGCGGGGAAAGCCGAAACGUCCACCGCCACCCCGCGGCGCCCGGACCUCGACCUGGGCUACGAGCCGGAGGGCAGCGCUUCCCCGACACCGCCCUACCUGCGCUGGGCAGAGUCGUUGCAUUCCCUGCUGGACGACCAGGACGGCAUCCACCUUUUCCGUACCUUUCUCAAGCACGAGAGCUGCGCAGAUUUGCUGGACUUCUGGUUUGCCUGCAGCGGCUUCCGGAAGUUGGCGCCCUGCGACUCCAACGAGGAGAAAAGGUUGAAGCUGGCCAAAGCCAUCUACAAGAAGUACAUUCUUGACGGCAACGGGAUCGUGUCCCGGCAGGUCAAGCCGGCCACUAAAAGCUUUAUCAAAGACUGCGUUCUGAAGCAACUCAUUGACCCAGCCAUGUUCGACCAGGCGCAGAUGGAAAUCCAAUCCACGAUUGAGGAGAACACGUACCCCUUGUUCCUGAAGUCGGAUAUUUAUUUGGAGUACACAAGGACGGGUGGGGAGAGCCCGAAGGUGCACAGCGAUCAGAGCUCGGGGUCCGGGACCGGGAAGGGCCUGCCCGGGUACCUGCCCACUUUGAACGAGGAUGAGGAGUGGAAAUGUGAGCAGGACCUUGCUGAAGGCGAGGAGGGACAGGCGGUGGCUGCAGCCAAUCCAGAGUCUGCUGCCUCCAGCAGCUUAGCCCAGCAGCUCCUUCUGGAGACAACUGCCCGGCGAGCCCCCACGUCUAGGCACUGCAGCGAGGAGAGGGAGUUCAGGCAUGGGCCUUGGAGAGAGGCAGUGCACCCGUAUUAUGUCAACACCGGCUAUGCCUUGGCACCAGUCACCAGCGCUAAUGACAGUGAGCAGCACAGCAUGUCCAGUGAUGCUGACACCAUGUCGCUGACUGAUAGCAGCCUAGACGGGGUUCCCCCUUACCGGCUGCGGAAGCAGCAUCGCAGAGAGAUGCAAGAAAGCGCCAAAGCAAAUGGACGUGUGCCACUACCUCACAUUCCGCGUACUUACCGAAUGCCAAAGGACAUCCAUGUUGAACCCCAGAAAUUUGCUGCUGAGCUCAUCAACCGCCUUGAGGAGGUAUUGAGGGACCGGGAAGCAGAGGCCAAGUUAGAGGAGCGCUUGAAGCGGGUCCGAGCGGAGGAAGAAGGGGAAGACACAGACCUCCACUUGGGUCCGUCCCUCCUGAGCCACAAGCUGGCCCCCCCACAGCUCUUGCCUCACUUUGCCCCCCGCUAUGCUGAGCUGCAACUGCGCGAUGCUCACGAAGAGAACCCAGAGAGCAUUCUGGAUGAGCAUGUGCAACGGGUGAUGAAAACGCCUGGCUGCCAAUCCCCCAAGCCCCGAUCUCCUGAUAGCGGGCUGGUUGGCAAGCUGCACAGCCUGAUGGGGUCCGUCCCACUGGGCCAUGGCAAGCAUGCCAGCAAGUCAGGGCCAAAGCUGGAGACGGCCAACCUCUAUCACCACAAGCACAUUUACCACCACGUGGUCCAUCACCAUGGCGGUCUGAAGGCCAAGGAGACGCCGGAGGAGGCAACCAGCCAGCGCGUGCAGGGCCCUUUCGCCUGGAGUGUUGAUCCUCACAGCUACUCUACAAAGUCGCGGGCCUACGGGGAGAGCAUGAGCCUGGCCCCAGGCCCUCUGGAUGCCUUGGCCUACAGCGGGAAGGCUGGCUUGCUCUCAAAGCGGAAUGCCAAGAAGUCGGAUCCAGGGAAAAGUGAUGGCACCAGCUAUGAUGUGCCUGGCUCUCCAGAAGACCUAGAAAGGAACCAAAAGAUCAUGCAGUGGAUCAUAGAAGGUGAAAAGGAGAUCAGCAGGCACCGGAAGACAACCCACAGCUCUUCGGGCACAAAGAAGUUGCCGGCUCACGACCCGCCCCGCCCAAUCCCCAUCGACCGCCCCGUGCCUGUGCACCCCUGGAUCGCGCUCCGGAAUGCCGUGCAGCCAUCCCACCCCUUCGUCCAGGACCCAGCCAUGCCCCCCAACCCCGCCCCCAGCCCCCUGACACAGCUGGAGGAGGCCCGACGGCGGCUGGAGGAGGAGGAGAAGAGGAUCGGCAAGCCGGCUGCCAAGCAGAGAACAAAAGCACUGAAGAGGCUGGGUGGCGGCGGCUUCUCCCAGCCCUGUGAGAAUAUCGUCGUGGCGUACUACUUCUGCGGGGAGCCGAUCCCCUACCGCACCCUCGUCAAAGGCCGGGUGGUCACGUUGGGCCAGUUCAAGGAAUUGCUGACCAAGAAGGGAAACUACAGGUAUUACUUCAAGAAAGUCAGUGAUGAGUUUGACUGUGGAGUGGUGUUUGAAGAAGUUCAGGAGGAGGAUGCUGUCCUGCCCAUCUUUGAAGAGAAGAUAAUUGGGAAGGUGGAGAAGAUCGAUUAACCGGGGGUGGGGGGGCUGCUGGGAGCAGGCCUGUGCCUGGCAGCCACAUACUCGUCCUCGCUGCUUGCCUUCUGUGUGGGAAGCUGCAAUCCUCCUGAGACCACGUAGGAUCUCCAGCUUGCUGCAUUGGGAACGUUACACAGCUGUUGACAGAAGCUGCACCAAAGGAUGUCUUUGAGAUGAUCCUGGGCUUGCAAUAUUAUGGCUGUACCACCCCCACCCUGGGACAACGGAGCAAGCCGGAGGCUGGGGACUCCUGGGGGAGGGGAGGCAAGCUGAACAAAACUCUGGUUUGCAUUUUGAAUCACCUUGGAAUGAGGCAUACUUGAUAGAAUUGCACCUUGUCCUGCCCACAGCCUUGCUUGGUGUGUUCCCCACAUCAGUGGUCCUGUUCAGUGCUAUGGAGGAAUAGAGAAAAGACUCCGAGAUGCUAUCUUGGUUCAGGACCAUCCCAUGCCUUGCUACCUCUCUCAUUUUCUUGUUACUCAAUGGUUGUGGGGAGAGAGAGGGCUUAUGGCACAAGAAAGAGGCUGAUGGAUCAGCCUCCCACCAGUCUUUUCUCCUUGCUGAAAGUUGUAGAAGUGUGUGUUUCUCCCUCCUGUCAGUCUUCCUGCUCCACUGCAGCUCUCUCCUUUUAACUUCCCCCUGACACACACAAACAUACACCCUGGGCUCCACGUAUCCAUGGCAGAGGAGGUGGAACAGCCCUCAAGACUGCCCCCACCAGCAUCCACCUCUUGUGAAUGUCACUGAGUGCCUUCCAACCCCAUGCUCGGUCCCCUCCCCUGGUUAGGGUUCUUGCCUCCCUGGGCUCCAAUUGUGUUCCACAUCUGACGGACGUUUUAAUGUGUAGUACCCGGCUGGAGCCGGAUCUUCAUUUUCCCUUUUUGUGAAGGGUUCAAUUGUAGAUAUGUACAUUUUCUAAACCAAGUAUCAGCCAUCAGUGGCUGAGCAAAUGGCUGGCAAUUCUAGAACUUUUUUUUUCACUUGCUGACUUGUACAAUUGAUCUUUUCAAAGGUACUUGGAUAAUAAUGGAAUAAAGCCCCACGCUCCAAUGGUU